AAACUGUAGACACCCUGAGAGAGACGCUGCUCUCUGACAGCUGCCAAUCUGCAAAUAUGGAAUGAACUGUGGAAAAUAAAUUAAACAAGCACCUUCUGCAAGUGAAGAAAGAGCUGCUCACCAUGGAGCCAAACGGACCAGUGAGUUCCCCUCAGGAUGAUGCAGCACGACCUCGAUGGAGUGUGGGCUCCGGCUCUGGUCUGCACUAUGGCUCCUUUGUAAACAGCCUUUCAUCACUCACACCAAAUGCAGUAGAGAACCCAGCCAUAUCACCCAGACGCGCCCAUAUAGCUAUAGCUGUGCUUUGCUACAUCAACUUGCUCAACUACAUGGAACGGUACACAAUAGCAGGAGUCCUUUCCAACAUUCAGGUCUUCUUUGGGAUAAGCGACAGUACAGCUGGACUCCUACAAACAGUUUUCAUCUGCAGUUUCUUACUCUUGGCACCUUUGUUUGGCUAUCUCGGGGAUCGCUAUAACAGGAAAUACAUCAUGAUUGGUGGACUGAGUGUGUGGCUUGUAACUGCAGCUGGCAGCUCUUUUGUCUCUUCGUCACAAUUCUGGCUUCUCGUUGUGUUGCGAGCACUGGUUGGGAUCGGAGAGGCCAGCUACUCUACUGUUGCUCCCACCAUCAUAGGUGACCUCUUCACUGGGAAACGGAGCAUCAUGAUCUGUAUCUUCUACGUCUUUAUCCCCGUUGGAAGUGGUCUUGGGUACAUAGCGGGGGCAGGGAGUUCUGCUCUCACAGGGGACUGGCACUGGGCUCUCAGGAUCACUCCUAUCAUGGGUGUCGUGGGACUCAUCUUAAUGAUCUUCUUAUGCCCUAACCCACCCAGAGGUGCUGCAGAAACCCAUGGAGAGGGAAUUACAGGGCAUAGCUCUUACAAGGAGGACAUCAAGUAUCUGCUGAAAAAUAAGAGUUACGUGUUGUCAUCGCUGGGAGUGACGGCUCUGGCCUUCCUCACCGGAGCUCUGGCCUUCUGGUUGCCUACUUUCCUGUCCAGAGCUCAUGUCACUCAGGGACUACGACCACCGUGCCUCCAAGAGCGCUGCGACUCCACAGACAGUUAUAUCUUCGGUGCUGUGACGGUGGCAACAGGCAUUCUGGGAGGGAGUCUUGGCACUUGUUUGUCCAGAUGGUUUAGGGAUAAGGUGCCAAAUGCGGACCCACUCAUCUGUGCAGUCGGCAUGCUGGGAUCCGUCCCCUGCCUUUUUAUCACCAUCUUUGUGGCAUCUGCAAGCAUUCCAGCCACUUAUGUCUUCAUUUUCUUUGGUGAAUUACUGCUCUCACUGAACUGGGCUGUCCUGGCUGAUAUACUACUAUAUGUUGUUGUACCAACCAGAAGGGCCACAGCCGAGGCUCUGCAGAUUUCAGUGGGUCAUCUCCUGGGUGACGCUGGAAGUCCUUAUCUCUUAGGAGUGAUCUCUGAUGCUAUACGUGCAUCUAAGCCUAAAACCUAUGACUGGAGCUUCCAAAGUUUGAAGUACAGCCUCCUGGUCUGCCCAUUUGUCGGCGUUGUUGGGGGAGUGUUUUUCCUCAUGACUGCCCUCUACAUUACUGAAGACAGGAAAGCAGUGGAGCAACUGCUCGGAGACACUUCCCAACCACAGCAAGAUCCUGCACCUGAGUCCUCCGUGGAGAUGAGCGACAAGGCGAAAAAUUAAAAUUCAACAAAAGCUAUCAUGUAAAUACUGUAUAUAUUCAAAAUUAAGUUAAAAACCACUGGUGUAUGAGCCAAAUUGACGAAAGCGCUUUUUUUUUGUCACUUUACACCCAGACACGGGUUAUAGAUUCAGAGAAAAUUUGUUUAGUCACACUUCCAGACCAUCAAAUACUUUUUAAAAUGUGUCUGUUCACUUGUUCUUUCAGACUUAGCUGUAUUGUCUGGAUUUGAAGUCAAGUCAGUUUUAUUUGUAUAAUCCUAAAAUCCUAAAUCUGCCUCUCAGGGAUUUACAGUCAGUACUGUACAACAUACAUAGCUCACCCUCUUGCACUCAUUUACAGCACUUCAAAACAAUCUAAGCUUGUGUGUCUUUUCUCUUCGUAGCAAUACCUCAGUGUAAUGUCACAGUGGAAGUGUUAACGUUAUCACAAUGAUACCUCGCUUUUCACAGGCACUGUGGGGUAUACUUGAAAAAUAAAUGUAAUUAUAUAUUUUCUCACUGUAAGUGUCAUUUAAUGUUUUAAUAAAUAUGACAGCAAAAAUGUCUGUCUGUCUGUC